UUGUUGAUUUUUUGAAUAUUGUUCAUUGAAUAUACUAUUUUUUAAGGAUUACAAAAAUUAUGCAGAUAAAUGGUUUGAAGUGCUAUUACCAAAAUUUCAGAGGUUUGAGGACAAAGCUGAAUGAGAUAAAAUUGAAUAUCGAAGAGGAGACUUUUGAUAUUAUAACUGGAACGGAGACAUGGCUUUACGAGGGUAUUCUAGACUCAGAGAUUUUCCGGACGAUCUGACAGCAUAUGACAGUCUAGAUGAGAAGCACAAGAACGUUUUAGAUCGCAUUAAUAUACUUGCACUCGAACAAUGUAAUCGAAUUUCUAAUUCAAACGGGCGAAAGUUGGAUCUUAUCUUGGUUCCUGGAGAUGAGUCUCACAGAAUUUCCUUAACUGGAUCUGAAUUUCCGCUGAUAUCAGAAGACAAACAUCACCCUUCUCUUAUUUUCAACAUAACAUUCAACUCUAUAGCUGAUAAAGUUGAUAGAAACUCGGAAAAUGAAAGGUGGUAUUAUGAUUUUCGUAGAUGUAAUUUUUACGAGUUGGCUGUUGGUAUAAGACAAAUAGAUUGGACGCCACUGUUCCAUCAUAAUAAUGUUAACGAUGCAUUGGAGUUUUUUUACGGACAGAUGUAUGUAUGGUUUAACAAGGACAUAUUUGAAUCCAUGAAAAGGAAAAAACUGCUGAAUAAAUUGUAA